AUGGCGUCACUAGCAACACAGUGUACCAGUCAAACAAUACCCAGCAGUCAUUGUGUCAUCAGUCAUACACUAGCAGACCCAGUUGAGAGACGUGCUGCUGCUGUCCUGGGUAUAGUGAAGGAACUUAAAGAAGCGGGUUCGGGUUUAGUCGUGAUCAGUCAACUUCAGUCUCAAGUCAACACACUAACAUCAAAAAUUGCUCUCCUUGACCAGCGAGUGUUCUUCACGGCUACACUUCACUCCCGUCUGCUAACCGUUGGAGCCGGUCCCUUGGUGUUCAACCAUGUCCUGAUGAACACUGGCGGCGGUUACAGCCCUACCACCGGGGUCUUCACUGCACCUUGCCGAGGUCUCUACGUCUUCCUGGUCCAGAUGUUCACCAGUGGACACGGCCAUGCAAAAUGGGAUUUGUAUGUCAACGGACACAUGGUGAUGAGCGGGGAGUCACAUACUCAUGAUAACACCAGCAACGAGUACAUGUACCCGGUGACCCUACAGGCUGGAGACAGAGUCUCGGUCUACAGCCGUAAUUCACUCCACAUCUAUGGAAUUCACCAUAGCUUCUUCGGUGGCUGGAUGAGCAAGGCUCUAUAAACUGAAAACCUUUUAACUACGGCGACAAAGCAGUCUCGAAGUUUCAUUUUUGGGUAUCUAAUAUUUAAUCAUUCUUCUUACUGUGGGAAACAGUAAGAUGUUCUAAGAUGAUUGUACAUCUCAAACAAAGGUGUCCAUUUUAAUGCUCUGAAAAAAUAUGCACCAUUCUGUGAAAAGCAAAAUAUGUCAAGCAGCUUAACCUCAAUGUUUCUAACUAACCUUGUUUUCCUCUAUAUCCUCCUACUGAUAUCAGUAUCUAUGAACCUACAAUGAUCAUACUCUAACUUCAGACAGUGCUGUACUUCUAAACAGUUACUGCAUUUUCAUAUUAAGCCAUUGCAUGUGUGUGUGCAUAUUUCGCAUUAAAAUAUUUUAUUCCACUUCAA